AUGUCUCGAGUUUGGCUCAUUACUGGGGCGAACACCGGCAUUGGUCUCGAAAUCGCCUUGAAAGCACUCAAGGAGGGCGACAAAGUGAUCGCUGCGGUCAGGAGCCCUGAAAAGGUUCCUGAGGGUCUCCAGGGGCCCGACGUCUCCACAAUCAAAUUCGACCUCUCUUGGUCUCAGGAGAAGGUGAAUGGCUUUGCGAAAGAAGCCGUAGGUGCGUUCGGAAGGGUCGACGUCUUGGUCAAUAAUGCUGGAUAUGCAUACAUGGGUGGUAUCGAAGAGAUCAGUGACGAAGCUGUCAAAGAACAGUACGAGAUCAACGUCUUUGGCAUUCUGCGUGUGAUACGCGCCAUGUUGCCAUAUCUGCGAGCCCAAAAGUCAGGCUUGAUAUUGAACUUCAGCUCGAUUGGUGGAUUCCAUGGCUUCCCCGGCAAUGGGAUCUAUUGUUCGACCAAGUUCGCUCUGGAAGGCCUCACCGAGGCUUUGGCACAAGAAGUCGCACCGUUUGGUAUCGAGGCAGCGAUCGUCGAACCGGGCUAUUUCCGCACAAAUUUCCUUGCCUCUGCGUCGGCGGGGCAGAAUCUUGCACCCGCAAUGCCGGAGUACGAGAGUACCCCCGUUGGCGAUGCAAGGCGAUCGUUCUCUAAGUAUAACCUCAAGCAGCCUGGUGAUCCGGCGAUUCUGGCGGAGAGGGUGUGGGAGUAUGCCGCCAAGAAAGGCCUAUUUGUGGACCGUAAACGACGCCUCAGACUACCCCUUGGUUCAGACACUGGAGCUCAAUUGCGAGCAUUUAUUGCUGACCUCCAGGAGACCGCAGAGGACUAUAGGGAGGUGUAUGAGAGCACCGACUUCAAGGAUUGA